GUUUCUGACUAUACAGCUAGAGAGUAGAACAGAUGCGGUCCCGUCUGUUGCAGCAGCGUCGUCGUCGGUGCUAGUGAAGAACACAUAACGCAAGAUAAAUAGUGUGUUGUCGCCCUCGUCCCGUCGCGUCUUGCUGUGUGUUUGUCCGAGUGAAGAAAAAAAAAUGAAAAGUGUAAACGUCAGUACUUCCCAAAGCAUGAAAUUUCAUCAACUAUGAGGUCGCCCGAAAAGAAUCUUUGCGUUUCGAUCAGCAGUCGCGCCUAGUUUUUAUUUUUUUCCAUCGAGUAGAGUGAAAAUUUGCCCACGUAAUAGCUUUCCCCCGACGGCUGCGGGCGCAGAGGGAAUUCCCAGCGCGAACAAAAGCAAACAAAAGUCAGUAGAACGAAAGGAAUAAAAGCCUACUCUGCCUGCUGUUUGCUGAUAGGAUAGAACGCCACAAUCAUGGCCGUUGAUAAGGCAGCAACCCGUCAGAUGCUGACGAUCACUUUCCUGUGCAUUCUGUGGUACAUCGUGUCCAGCAGUAACAAUGUCAUCGGGAAGAUGAUCCUGAGCGAGUUCCCGUACCCGAUGACGGUAACCAUGGUUCAGCUGACGAGCAUUACGUUGUACAGUGGACCGUUCUUUAAUCUGUGGGGCGUUCGAAAGUACGUGGAUAUCUCGUGGAGGUAUUACUUCAAGUUUAUCGUUCCGCUGGCGCUGGGAAAGUUUCUGGCCUCGGUCAUGUCCCACAUUUCGAUCUGGAAGGUUCCGGUGUCCUACGCACAUACGGUGAAAGGUACCAUGCCGCUGUUCACCGUGAUCCUGUCGCGGAUCAUCAUGGGCGAACGGCAUACCAAAGCCGUCUACCUAAGCCUGGUGCCGAUCAUCGCCGGAGUCGGUAUCGCCACCAUGACUGAGCUGUCGUUCGACACGAUCGGAAUGAUCAGUGCCCUCCUGUCGACGAUGGGCUUCUCGCUGCAGAAUAUCUUCUCCAAGAAGGUGCUCAAAGAAACGAAUGUCCAUCAUCUCCGGUUAUUGCAUAUUCUUGGUCGGCUGGCGUUGUUUAUGUUUCUGCCGGUGUGGAUCUACUUCGAUAUGUUCAGCGUACUGCAGCAUCCAGCGAUCAAAAAUGGAGACUAUCGAGUGAUCGCCCUACUCUUCACCGACGGUGUCCUCAACUGGCUGCAAAACAUCGUGGCCUUCAGCGUACUAUCGAUCGUGGCACCGCUAACCUAUGCAGUGGCAAGUGCCAGCAAACGAAUCUUCGUGAUAGCGAUCUCGCUCUUCAUCCUCGGCAAUCCGGUGACGUGGAUGAACAUCUUCGGCAUGAUGCUGGCCAUCAUCGGGGUGCUGUGCUAUAAUCGGGCAAAGUACUUUUCACGGUUACACCCACAGAAGGACACGAUUCUGCCGUACACGAAUGCCAACAACAACAUCAAGUAUCAACCGUUGGAGGAUAGCUCACUGCUGGUCGGCAAUGGUCAUUACGGAGGUGGUGGUAAGAAUGGUUUUAGCAAUGGCGGAACGGCGAAUGGUAGCCUCCAAAAUGGCCGGCUUCAUGGAAGUAGUAAUACGACGAAUAUUCUGUUAAGUAAUAGUGGCGGCAGCGCAGCGAUUAAUGGUACCGUGAACAAGUUACUGUUCGUCUAGGUCGAACACAAGAUAGGGUUAUAGCUUUGUCAUAGACAGAUUUGAUUAGCAUGUUUUCUGUUGUUUCGUUCCUGUACAGUUGACCUUAGCGAUAAACUAGUUGAUUGACAAUUUAGGAUAGUUUGCGAAGCUGUGUAUAUCUCUUUAAUGAAAAGGGGGCCGCGGAUCCGACGACGAUGAUCGUGGUUAUUUCGUGCGGUAACGAAAGUGAGUGGGGAUCACUUCAUAGAGCAGAUUUAUUUAUUUACUACCCGGUUAUAUUUUACUCCUAUUCCCGAGAUAGAAGCUGCGAGAUACAUAAAACAGAAAAAAAAAACACUUGACUUAGCAGUAUUCAUCCGGUGCCCUGGAAUCGGAUCCGACUAGCGGAAUGUACGUAGGAGCCAUAGGACAAGAGAAGCAAUUUUGACUGGGGGUGCUACCGAACAUUGAGGGUGGCAAAAAGAAGACGAAGCUUGUAAAAUUGAUGUGCACCGAACUUAGAGCAUGAUUGCAGGGAACUUACUAAUAAACGCUAUUUUAUACAAUUACUGGAAUAAA